AUGCGCAUUUUUCAAUCGGAUGAAAAUCAGAAAUCUAUUCGUGAUCUAAACGAAGAAACUGCAUCAUUUAUGUGGUCACAAUUACUUAUGCGUAUUAUUCUUAUCAUGUAUGACAAUCGUGACGACCGAGCGAAGAAAGAUUUCAUUGAUACCUGUCGUAUACGCUACAAAGAUGAUGUGUACGAACAAAAUCGUAUAGCAGAAUUCGAACGAACUUAUACCACUGGUCAAGCAAUUCAUUGGUACACGAAAGAUAGUUUCCUCUAUCGAUGUCUGAAUCGUGCUUUUCGCACUGUAGAUAUUGAUAUUAUCUAUCGAUUUCGAUUUAUCAUUGCUGAACUUCAUGAACAACUGGCCAGUUUACCGCGUCCAUCGACCCCUAAUCUUGUUGUAUACCGAGGCCAGAUUAUCAGUACGGAUGAGAUGAAAACUAUUGAUGCAAAUCAAAAGAAAGGCUUUAUCUCGAUAAACACAUUUUUAUCGACAUCAGAAAGUGCUAAUCAUGCAACAAGUUUGUCGUCACUGAACAUGAAUUUACCUAAAGGUCUAGAAUCAGUUCUUUUUCGAAUUACUGUCACCCAAACGCGGCAUCCAUUCGCUAAUAUCGACGCAUUAAGUGCGAUGCCAACAGAAAAGGAAAUUCUUUUUGAUGCAGGCACCGUUUUUCGAAUUGAUGAAGUAGAAAAUUAUGGCGUUGGUUAUUUUGUUCAUUUAACAGCGACAACAGAAAUUGAAGAGCGCUUCGAUGCUCUCGCUCAACAUUUUUUAGAUGAUAUUGGCCAAAAACCAACGCUGGCUACAUUGGGUCGGUUUC